AUGUAUGAGCUGUUCAUGACCGCGUUCAUCAAUGAUGCCGACCAUGAUGCGUUGGUGUCCAUUCUCAGCGGCUAUACUUGGGAUGACUCUCGCCAGCGCAUCUACCGCGUCCUGCACUUUGCUGGCGCGAAUCCCAACCAGCCCAAGCCCAUUACAAAGAGAAACCACAUCUACGGCGUCCCACCAGAGCCCGAUAUCUUCUCUCUUGGCCUUCCAAAUACUGAUAUCCCUCCCCUCAUGCCAUCAGGCCACAUAGACCCUGCAUGGAAGGAGCUGAGCGAGAUCCUGAAAAGGCAGUCGUACACCAUGACCACGCGCCAUUUGGUUCACAAGGACCGUCACUUUGGCAAAUCCGAGCCGAUACCUGACAACUAUUUCAGCGUCAACCCUGGCGCGCUGUUCUGGAGCGAGAUUCCUGACCCUGCUAGUGUCGCGGGCGGCCAAUCUCUCAUUAUGCAGCGCAAAAAGAUCGAGCUUUAUGACCAGCUCAACCUUCCCCUGAUACUGACUGAAAACGACUUCAUCUACAAGGGUGAACACAUUGAAGAGAGCCACGACAUCUACCACCGGGACAAUCCCGUUGAGUUUCACCUGGUUCGCUGCUACAGAGUGCCUGCCAUGGCUGAUGGCGGCAAGAACGCCCCAUCCACCACUCUCCCGGCCUUUGAUUCACUAGAGAUGGUCAGUCCUGGCAAGUGGAUGCUCACCGUCGUCUCGUAUGUCCUGGACGACCACACACCCGACAAGAUGCAGGCCGCUCGUGACGCGCUCAUCAAGGUCAAGGACGACCUGGCCCCGUGUGGAAUCACGUUCAAGGAAAUUGACCGCAGACACUACGACACGCAGCUGGCGGCCUCGCGCAAGCCCACCUCGCAGGCUCUGGGUAUGAACCAAUCGCUGGCUGGAGGAGCUGUACGAUAA